AUGCCUGCACGAGUAUCACCAGACGAAGUAGCGUCUGCCCUUCUUUCCGAGAAGGGACUAGAACUCCAAUCUCUGCAAACCAUCCAGUCGUUAUGGGCAGGCUACGGCGAGAUAUGUCGCGUGUUCGCUAAUCCGAUAGGCUCGCCAGAUUCGACGAAAUCCUACGUACUCAAGCUUGUAAACCCCCCACCGACGAAGGCCAGCGACGAAGGCCAUACCAGAAAGAUCCUGAGCUAUCAGAUUGAACAAUACUUCUAUAGCCACCUCGCUCCUCAAAUGCCAGCAACUUUACCGGUCGCCGAAUGCGUCGCUAGCAUCAACAAGCACAACACGGAUGGCACCUCGAUGACUGCGAUGUUAUUGAGCGAUCUGAAACAGAAAUACCCUGUGGCUGGAGAGAAGCGCAACGUAUUGACGACGACCCAGGCUUAUGCCGCGCUGGAUUGGCUUUCUGGCUUUCAUGGCUUCUGGUGGACCCGCGUCAAGUCCCUAGACUCCGCGUCUCUGGUCCUACCACCGCUCGAGGAAGUACAACGUUAUGGACAAGCCUCGUCGAACAAAUCGGUGUGGCUCAAUGGCGGAUAUACCUAUCUUGCGACGCGUCGCAAGGAGUACAAUACUCUGGCGAAGGAUUACGACGCCGAGUGGAAUGAGCCACUCACGGACUGGGUUGACGGCGAAGACCUCUCCAUCUCUGAGAUAGCGGCAGCGUUCCUCACACCGAAGGCUACCGGCCGGUCACCAAUCGAAGCAUACCAAACUCUGAUCCAUGGUGAUGUCAAGUCUGAAAACAUGUUCACCAGCAAGUCCGGUGAAGAGGUCGCCUUCUACGACUUCCAAUACACUGGUCUUGGCCUGGGCGUCUGCGAUCUCGCCAAGCUCUUCACAUGCUCCGUUCCGCUAAGCAUGCUCGUUGCCGACUCGCAUAUCCCGCGGGAGCUACCCAUGCAAGAAGGCGAGAAGCAGCUGUUGCAACGAUAUUGGGAACGGCUGAGAGAGACUGGCAAACAAGAGUACAACUGGUCGAUCUUCGUGCGACAUUGGGAGACGGCGCUCGUAGACUGGCUCCGCUUUCAGGCCAGCUGGGGCUUCUGGGGGAAUACCGAAUGGUUGGAAGCUAGGGUGCGGAGUAUACUGAAGGAUCAAGAGUGGAGGGACGCAUUAAUCAGUAAUGUGGAUAAGGCGGGUAUCCGCAAGUAG